AUGCUUGACGAGAAUCUUCCCACAUUCUACCUCAAACCGGUUAAGGACUCCAAUGUAUCGACCAUCUACCUUCUCCAGUUUGGCAACGAGCCCGAACCAGCGUACUCUCUCCGCUACCCGGACCGAUCCUCUCCCGAUUCCAGGAACCGCUUCGCCGUAGCCCUCUACGACCCCUACGUGCCAGACGUUGUAUACGGCGAAGUGUUAAUAAUACCCGAAUGGACUCAGCCAACACUAUCGGCGGAAGCUAUCCGCCAGAACAAUGGUGUCUCCCCUCCGCCAGAACCUAUUCUCCCUACGCGCUUCACGAUUCAGCUCUACAACCCUGACCAACAGGUCAUUGUGCACUACAAGCCGAAGAGCUGGAAUAGCCCGCCUUCAUGGUCCUUCGAGAUGCCGCAGCACAGUUUCCGGGUACCCACCGGCUCUACUCUCGACCGCGUCCAAAUCGAUCCUGCCGCCGCGGACACGACGCCCAAGCUACGCUUUAGUUGGAAGAAGGAUGGCAAGCUGUCAAAGGACCUUACUUGCCUUCUUCGUGGGAAAACGACUGCGAUACCCGAAACAAAGACCAAAAGCAAAGAGCCAGAUAUCACUGUCUCCAUAUUCAAAGGAUUGCGUGAGCUGACUUUGUACGAACCAAACCUGUACCGUGUCGAGAUGGAGGACUUUAAAGGUCUAGAAGUUGUACUCCUGCUCGGAGCCAUUACCAUCCGCGACGUGUAUUUUGCCAGCCCAAAAGAGGCCUUCCGCAUCUCUAGGCAAAACUCCGCUUCCGUCUCACCAACAUCCAACUCUCCUACAACCACUCCAUCUACGAAUAGGCUGCCCGCCAGCCCAAGCGGCUUGGUGACCGAUAUUCCACCAGCACCUCAACCCCCACCUGUCCACAGUCCUCAGCUUACAAAGCAACAGGAGCAGGCGAGGAAGGAAGAAGAGCGACGAACAAAGAGACUGCUUGAGGAGGAGGAAAAAGCCCAUCGGAGACGGCAGGCCGAGGUUGACAAAGAAACGCGCCGGUUGCAGAAGCUCUAUGGUGAAGAGGAAAGAAAAGCUCUACAAUCAUGCUGGGCCGUCAAUGCCGCACUCAGGCUCCCGACCGUACCUGCAAUUGCCCGGUCAAAUGUCUACAAUGUCCUUGCUAACACCCCCAGUAGCAGGACCACAAACCGCGGCCAAGCCGCAUCUGCAGAACAAGCGGAGUAG